UUUUCUUCUCUGUCUUAAACAGAAUUGUUUUUUUGUUCUGUUUGAUUAAUUAUUAUCCUUUCUCCCCCAUAUUAAUUCUACGGAUUUGUUCAGAUACAUCACUCCUCCCACACAUUCUACAAAGCAUUCAAGAAGCCUUUCUUGGGAAAUUUUUCUCUUGAUAUUUCCCAGAAAACCUUGGCAUCACGUUGGAGUACAUACGUAAUAACAGAAACACAUAUAAACAUGUCGCAGGACGUAAUUUCGUCGCACGAACAGCUCUCAAUGGAUGAGAUCACAAGCCCUCUCACCGCACAAAUCGUUGACUUUUGUGAUCCACAAUUCUUUCAAGAGACCUUUAAUCAAACUUCUGAAGUGACCUCUGCUUCAAAUUGUUGUGGCUAUGUUGAAAACAACAACAACAACAACAAUGGUUCGAAGCAAGACCAUGAAGACAACAAUAACAACAACAAUAAUGACAACGGGGACUUAUCAAUCAUAUUCGAUUCACAAGACGAUUUCGAUAACGACAUCACAGCUUCCAUCGAUUUCUCUUCCUCUAUUCAGUUUUCAGCCUCUGAUCAACUCCAAGACCAGUUUGAUUUCACCGGUGUUCAGCUUCAUCAGCCUCCCAACGUCCUCUACUCUUCAUCUUCUUGUGAUCCCCUGCCUCCGCCUUUAUCGGUUUUCGAAGAUGAUUGUCUUUCUUCUGUCCCAAGUUACAAUAUUGGCUCCCUAAACCCUACUUCCCCUUCUUGCUCUUUCUUGGGUAAUCCCGGUUUACCAACUUACAUGUCUGUAACCGGGAAUAUGAUGAAUACCGGUUUAAACAUGGAGAGAUCCGGUUUUUACUCUGGGAGUAUCCAUUUGGGUUCAGAUUUUAAACCAUCACAUGAUCAAUUGAUGGAGAUUCAGGCUGAUACUAGUGGAAUGUUCUUCCCAGAUUCGAUUAAACCCAUCUUCAAUCCAGAAAAUCACCAUCUCCAGACACUUGACGGUGGAGAAAACCAGAACCACCUUGUGGCAACACCGGUUCUUCCACAGUGUGGAACAGAUAUAACCGGUUUAGACGAUGGGAGUGUCAACAAAGUAGCUAAACUCACUGCCGAGCAGAGGAAAGAGAAGAUUCAUAGGUAUAUGAAGAAGAGAAACGAGAGGAACUUCAGCAAGAAAAUUAAGUAUGCAUGUAGGAAGACUUUGGCUGAUAGUCGUCCAAGAGUUAGAGGAAGAUUUGCAAAGAACGAUGAAUUGUGUGAACCACAUAGACAUGGUUCUUCAAGCCAUCACGAAGAAGACGAUGAUGAUGUGGGGGUCAAGGAAGAAGAACAAUUGGUUGAUUCUUCGGACAUAUUUUCACACAUAAGUGGUGUCAACUCUUUCAAGUGCAGUUAUCCAAUCCAGUCUUGGAUUUGAGUUUGAUUAUAUGGUCAUAUAAUCACAAAAUAGUAUUUUAUAGAGGUUUAUUUGUAUAUUUACUAGUGCAAUUUUUAGCCAUGACUCAUAUUUUCUCGGAAAUAUUUAGAACAUAAGAAAAGAGAGAGAUGAAUAAUGGGUUUAGGCAGGUCAUGAUGAAUAAAACUGUAGUGAAGAGAGAGAGAGGGUUUGUUAUUAUGUUACAUAGACUUACAAAGUUUUGUAGAUACUAAUUAUAUA